AUGGCGACCGAUCUGGAAAGGUCCACUUUCUUGGAAUAUGCUUCAUUGCUGCGCACCCCGAAGCUUGUGCUCAGCAUGUUCGACGUGAAUCCGCCCAACCCACAGCAGCUUUUUCAAGACUGGAGCGUGUUGCACUGCGUCUGUCACUUGUUCUGCGCCCUUUCCUUUGUCCUCGCCGUUGCACUGACAGAGAUAAGUGACGGGGACAUUGCUGAAGCCUUUAGUCUCAUGAUACUCGCUCUCGGCUUGUCUGUCUAUGUGUUCCUCGUGAGUUACGUACCGUGGCACUGCGUCGUGAAGCGUUCGGGCUGGCCAGGAUACAGGUUCUGGGAGUUUAUUUACUUCGUGUUCUCCGUCGUAGCUCUGGGGGCAUGGUGGCACCUUCUGGCAAAGAUGAGCCGCCACUUCGUCGAGGAGGUCCAGCUUGAACCCGAACCCCGACGUCGACGUCGAGCUUACGCUGGCUUGACUUUGGGUCCGUUCCUCUUCGGCCUUGACGACGCUUUCAUGUUCAUCGCCUGUGUUCGAGCUUCGCAGCAGGCUAGGGCUCGUGAGGCGCUGGGAGCCUCGGCGCCCCUGCUCUUGGACUCCUGA